AACACGCAGGCAUGUAUACAAUUAGGAAACAGAAUUUUGAACAUAAGUGAGGGUCUGUUGGGAAUAAACAGUGGCCUACCAACUUUACAAGCUGUUGCGCAACAUAACUAACACCACUGAGUUGCUGAAUGUAACAUCGAGAUGAAAAGAUCGAACGGCAAACCCCAGACAUACGCCUCUAGCCAAGAGGACAGCGAAAACGACAGCGACGUAACCGAAUGUAGCAUCGGGAGCAAUUCCACCGCUGGUACUCAUCGCAGCGACACACCUACUCGCAGCGCCCGUUACAAAAUACGUAAGGGUCGUCGCCGGAGCAAAACUGCAAAGUAUAAACCCUCGACGGACAAGCCAUUGUACAAGUACUGCUGCAGUGUCAAAGAGGACCACGGGCAGCCGUUGUUCGGCGUGCAAUUCAAUUAUCACUUGAAAGAGGGUGAACCACUGGUAUUCGCGUCGGUCGGCAGCAACCGCGUGAGCGUUUACGAGUGCCCGCAAAAUGGAAAUAUACGAUUGCUGCAGUGUUACGCCGAUCCCGAUACGGAAGAAAACUUUUACACGUGUGCGUGGACGUACGAUGACUCCGGGAAGCCCCUAUUGUCUGUAGCGGGAUCGCGCGGUGUCAUCCGGGUUAUAAGUCCCUCGACGAUGACCUGCAUCAAGCAUUACAUCGGUCACGGCCACGCGAUUAACGAGUUAAAGAUUCACCCGAGAGAUUCCAACAUUUUACUGUCCGCAUCGAAGGAUCACGCCCUCAGGCUUUGGAACAUUAAGACUGAUGUGUGCAUCGCGAUUUUCGGCGGCGUGGAGGGCCACCGGGACGAGGUUCUGAGCGCCGACUUCGACAUAAAGGGCCAACGGAUCAUCUCGUGCGGGAUGGACCACGCACUUAAAUUGUGGUCGUUGGACAAGCCGGACAUACAGGAGGCAAUAAAGCAAUCGUAUCACUGCAAUCCCAGUCGUAAUGGCAGGCCGUUCGAUUCGAUACUUCAGCACUUCCCGGACUUCACGACUCGCGACGUUCAUCGGAAUUACGUCGACUGCGUCAAGUGGUUCGGCGAUUUUAUCCUCAGCAAAUCCUGCGAGAACUGCAUCGUCUGCUGGAAACCGGGUAGACUCGAGGACUCGCAGCUGCGUAACGGGGAGACGAGCGCGACGGUCCUGCACCGCUUCGAGUUCAAGGAGUGCGAUAUCUGGUUUAUACGCUUCUCGAUGGACUUCUGGCAACGCACGAUAGCUCUGGGCAAUCAGGUCGGCCGCACUUACGUUUGGGACUUGGACUCGGACGAGCCUGGACAAGCGCGCUGCUGGUCUCUUCAGCACCCCCGUUGCACUGCCCCGAUACGUCAGACCAGCCUAAGCCGUGACGGCUCGGUCUUGCUGUGCGUGUGCGAUGACGCGACUAUCUGGAGAUGGAAUCGCGAUCAUUGAUUAAAAUUUGUUUUGUCGCGAACGUAAGCUGUAUGUGCCUUCCUCUGUGCGUAUAUACAUACAUAUAUCGAGUCAUGUUGUGAAUAUUUUUUAUGCAAACAAUUUAAAUUUAGAGAUCUAAAAUUAUUAGUCACCUAUUACAGGACACUCGAAACUUUUAAAUAGUUAGCUAUAUGUAAUAUAAUUAUACAUAUAAAAUAGUUAUAUAUCAUGUAUGUAUAUAUAGGUGUGUGUUUAUACGUAGCAUGGACAAGCUAUUGUUAAAUGGCAAAUUGACUUUUUAGACUGCUCUUCAGCGAUUUAGUCAUAAUUUUUUACAACGGAAAAGUUGCGAUCAAUGUACGAUUUUUCAUUGCAUCUCAUAAAUGUAUGAACAAGUUCACACACAUAAACAGGAAGUUAUUUUU